AUGGAUCCACAACAACCCAUCGAUGACGAGCAACGCUUCCAAAUCGAACUUGAAUUUGUACAAUGCCUCGCCAAUCCCUGGUAUUUGAAUCACUUGGCACAGCAGCAAUAUUUCAAGGAUGAUGCGUUUAUACGAUAUCUCGAAUAUCUUCAGUAUUGGAAAAAGCCCGAAUACGCACGCUUUGUAGUAUACCCACACGCUUUGUAUUUCCUCGAUCUUCUUCAACAUCCGCAAUUUAGAGAUCAUAUCACUACAUCUGAAAACACCCAAGAGAUCCAUCGUAUGCAGUAUUAUCAUUGGAUGUAUCUACGUAACCCUCCAAAGACUACCAAUGACAAUCAACAACAACAGCAAUCCACAUCAUCACCACCACCGCCCACAACAUCUGAUGAACAACAACAACAAGCAGCACCACAAGGACCGACACCAUCAUCAUCAUCACAACCCCUAUUAUCACAAUAA